ACCCAUCGCGAAUUGGUUCAUCCAUCUUUGUUCAUUUUCUUCUAUCACUAAUCGUGAUAAUGGCGUCGAAUCAACCAAACAGCACCCUUUAUAUCAACAAUCUCAACGACAAAGUACACAAGGAUGAGCUACGUCUUCAGCUUCUUGCACUGUUCACCACAUAUGGUAAGGUCAUCGACGUUGUCGCCUCUAAAGGUCCAAAGAAGAAGGGCCAGGCUUUCCUCGUUUUCAACGAUCUUGCUGGUGCAACUACAGCUAUGCGUGCUUGCGAGGGGAUGCUGUUCUAUGAUAAGCCCAUGCACAUUGACUACGCGAAAACUAAGUCAUACGCAACUUCACGUAAAGAUGAUCCAAAUUUUGUGCCUCCAAAUGCCGCCAAUGCGAGUUCUUUAAUCAGGGAUGGUGCUUUGGAAAAAGAUAAGAAGCGCCAGCGGGAAGCAGACGAUGAAAUUGGGAGGCAAACAAAACGAGAGAAGGCAGAAUCAGAUGAUGAAAUGGAGAUUGACGAUGAUGAAGACGAUGAUGACAAUGAUUCUCGAUUGAAUAGUGUAGUAGCUCCAGGUGUAAUUCCUGCACUGGUGGAUUAUCCUACGCCCCGACUUUUCUGUACAAAUCUGCCGCUUGAGGUUUCAGACAGUGUUCUUUCUGUUCUUUUUCAACAGUAUCAAGGAUACCAAUCUACACAUGUGUCCAUGUCGCCGACCCCAAAUGCUGUUGGAUCUCCGGUCAAAAUGGCCCAAGUAAUAUUCGAGUCAGCAGAGCUUGCAACUGUGGCAAAGGAAGCAUUGGACGGGUAUACGCUGAAGAAGGACUGGAUAAUGUCCGUUCAAUAUGUGUAGCAGAAAACAAUCU